CGACGUGACUGCGAGCAUACGCAACGCGGCAAUGAGAGUCAGAAAGAGUGAGCUUUACUAUGGCAAGGUACAGCGCGUCGCUAAAGUAAAAUGACGCGUAUGCGCACGCGCAACGUAGAUGUUUUGGAGGGGUACCGCACACAGCCCUCAGCCCCGAGCACACCAAACAGCUCCCCAACAAAGUAUACCACGGCAUCUCAAGUAGGAGAGAAUGCUUACCCUUGGGCAAAUGAUACCCUGCGAGAAGUGUUUGCAUCUGCAACCUCCGGCAAAUAUACUCCUACGUCAUCUCCCACAAAGCGUAGACGCUGCGAAUCAAGCGAUGACAUUGCCUCGGAUAGCGAAUCAUCAGUUGACCAUAUGGAUAUUGAGAGGCCCAUGAAACCCUUGCGGCCGUCUGGAGGAACAUUGAUGGCUGCACUAGGUCUGCCUCGUGGACCAACCAGCCCUCCUGGCGGCGCGGAAAUGACUCGUGUUCCAAAGUGCCCCGUAGCGCAGGAACACGAUGCGCAUUCCGUUAUGGGUGUCGUCGGGUCAGCUUCACACAUUGGGCUGCCUUGAACUAUGUAGUCACGGUGAUCUACGGUGAAUGACCUGCAGCACUGAGUGCUCGCAGACGAUCAAGGACA